AUGCGUUGCCUAGCUUUCUUCGCCCUCAUCGCCGUGGUAGCAGCCAAGCCAGCACCAGGCUUACUCUCAGGACUGGACUAUGGCUCUUACGGCUUAGACCACGGAGCGUCGUUAAGCUUAGAACACGCUGCUCCUCUUCAGUUAAUUCACUCUGCCCCAGUGAUUCAGGCUGCUCCAGUCAUCCACUCUGCCCCAAUCAUCCAAGCUGCCCCAAUCGCUGUUGCUAAAGCACAAGCUACAAGCUAUUCUUCCUUCCAAAGGGUCAUUCACCCCGUGGCGCAUAAGAUAGUACAAGCUGCACCCGUGGUUCAAGCUACUAAGAUCAUCCAAGCUGCUCCCGUGAUCCAUUCAGCGCCAAUCCUAUCCCUGGACUCUCAUGGCCCCAUCUCUUACGGUCAUGGUUGGUAA